AUGACUGCCAUAAUCAUGAGGAACAAAUUUACGAAGUUAUUGACUUGUGUACAACUAAUGAUAACACUGGUGUCUUUCGUAAGUCCAGCGCCAGCUAAUAUUCCUUCUGAUCUAAAGAAAGAAUGGAUGUCAAAUUUGUGUCAUUUUCCGCCAGUUGAUUUAUAUUUUGAAGUACCUGCAGAUGAUCAACAAAGUUUAAAAAAAUGUGUCAAUAAUCUAAAAAGCGAAGAGGAAAGAAUUCCACUUUGUGAUAAAUUUGUAAAGAGUUUAAACAAUAAUACUUGCAAGAAAAAGGUUUAUGAGAAAGAACUUAUUAUAAGUACUUUGAAGAAAUCAAAUGCUACAGAAAUUAAGAAAUACUGUAAUGGGUUACUAUCAUCCAGUUUCAAGAACAAGGAGUGCGAGGAAGUGUGUACUGAAGACAAAUUUACAAAAGAUAUGUGCUUAUUGAUAUACUUUGCAAAGAACAUAACAGAAACAGCUCUUCAGGUAAGCAGUUCUACCCCAAAGACAACAGCAGCAACACCACCCACUUCAACAGGUGAGAAAAACAAU